AAUCACAUCAAUUAUGGUCGAUAUACAUCGAAUUUUACCUGCUGAUUGGGACAUUAUAUAUCUUGGCUAUUGUAAUAAUUCUGAAGGUAAAUCUGGUGAACCUUUACCGGACAGAAAUAAUAAUUCACCUGUUUAUAAGUUAUUUAAAUCCGAGAUGCCAUAUUGCACAUUUGCCUACGCCGUCUCACAUGCCGGUGCUCUUAAGUUAAUUAACAAACUUGGCAGCUCAACAAACUCUCCACUUGAUGUAGAACUAGUUAACAUUAUUCAAUCGAAAGAAAUCAAUUCAUAUACUCUUGUACCACCAAUUAUCGUUAAAUCCGGAAAAUCAUAUUCCGAUAAAGAAAAUCCUGACAUACAUAGUUUAAAAAAUUCUACUAGUGAAUAUUUUAAAUUAGAU